AUGGACCUCAACCUUCCUUCCUUCCGCUUCCGCCACCGCAAAUCCCCCUCCUCCGAACGCUUUCUCGCCUCCUUCCAUUCUCCGCCGGUUCGCACUGCAAACCCUAGCUCCACCAACGGCGUCGACGACGAUACCGAGCUCAACGAAGACGACGUCUUCUGGACCGGCGAUUUUGCUGCUGAUUCCGCCCACCAUAGCCACUCCACUCCCUCCUCCUCCUCCUCUUCCACUCCUCGUCACCAUAUUCAUCACCUCCAGCAUCACAAGGGUUUUCCCCUCCCGGAAACCUUCGGAAUCCUCGCUGCUCUUCCCGAGAACGAGGCCUCUUCCAGCCUUAGGAACUCCUCGCAUUUCUAUCACAAGGCGUCCGUUUCGUCGUCGUCCUCCUCCUCCCCUUCGUCUUCUCGGAUGAUUCCGACGAUCCCCAAACCUCCUCUGGAACGAUUACCUCUUCCGAUUUCGUCCUCGUUGAAGUACCAGUCUGCCCCUGUGAAUGUGCCUAUAAUGUCGAAGGCGGUUGUUCAGAGACAGCAGGAGAUUGACGUGGAUGAUGUUGAUGAAGACGACGGGGAGAUGUUGCCGCCACAUGAGAUUGUGGCUAGAAGUUUGGCUCAGUCGCCAUUGUUGUCUUGCUCCGUGCUUGAGGGCGCUGGAAGGACGUUAAAGGGCAGGGAUCUUCGUCAGGUUCGCAACGCGGUUUGGAGACGAACAGGUUUUCUUGAUUAA